UCCAGCGAGGCCGAGCUUGAGACGCCCAUAUCAGCCUGGCGCGGUGCUGGUGUUCUUCGGCGACUAGGCUACUCUUGCCGCUGGACUGCUAGGAAACUCGCUCGCUCUUCCCUGGCUGGCUAUGUCUACGACAAUAUCAACAUGACAUUCAAGGUCUCCGAACAGGUACUGGGGCAUCAAGACACUCAAGAGAGCGGCACCUGCGCCACAAUUUUCUCCCUCUUUGACGCGCCACCGGCCAAUAUGAAGACCAAAGACCUUGUCACAUCCAUCAAGACCGCCAGACCUCUCGAAAUGAGGGAUAUCCGUCUCACUGCCAGCGAGACGGAGCUGUUCAACAGGUGCUCCAUUCAUGCCAUCCUACGUGUUAUCGUUCACGGUGAGCCCGCAUUUGCGAAGUUCCGUGCGCAAGUCAACGCCACCCUCCCUCCGGACGGGCUCAAAAUCCCUCUGCACAAGACUGCCAUACACCCACUCCCCACCAUGAACAUCGACGAGUCGAGUGUCACUGGCAACGCCUCAGUUCUGGACUACAUCUUCCGCCGCGAGCUGAAAUUCGACUUCGGCGCUGCUAGGUUCCGUGAGGUUGUACGGCUCGUCUUUGGCGACCAGCUCUCUCUUGCCCGACUCCGUACUCUCAUCCUGCACCGUGUUGGUCACGACCAGCUCGCCUCGUCCUAUGUGAGCCUUGUUCUUGGACCUGGUCUCUUCCAUUACCAGAUCGCUCUCAUCCACGGCAUUCUCGAGACCCACUUUGGUGAGCCAGAGGGCAAAGGCACACUCAACGCGGCAAGUCUCUCGUUCUUCAACAGUGUGCUGGGUCGCAAGCCCAUCUUCUUGUCCUCCCUCCCUCCCUAUCGCACCUGCCGUGACCUCAUCUUCACCUCGCUCACUGCCGGCAUCCUCUCCUGUCUCAAGAAUGUCGCGAACGUCAGUGACCUCCCGGAAUAUGCAUCAGAAGUCACCUUCAAGCAGCUUGAGGCGCAUGCGCUGAAGAUCCAUCAACACUUCUCCGUUGGUGCCGUGAACAAACUUCGUGAGGAUCGCGAGAUGGAGGUCGCCGAACAUCUGGAUGAACACGAGCGUGCGCCCGAGGUCACCAGCAAGAGUGAUCACGAUGAAGACCGCCCUCCGUUUGAUCCCCUUCUUGGCAUCAAGACCGGAGACAUGGUAUUUGAGAAUGCUGUCUUAUUCCUCCGCGACGCUCUCCUUCUACGCGAGUUCAACGACGCGAUCAAGAGUGGUUGCUCGGGUCGUAUCCUUCUGUCUCUGAAGGUGCUCGCCUUCGCCUACCGGGGACUUGGCCGCACGAAGUAUGCGCACGAGGUCAUGCACCUCUUGCACUCUUUCACCACUGUAUGGCCGGAGCCUCUGCGCGCAAUUGUGUUGAAGAAUUGGCUCGUGAACCCGACUGGCAUGGAGAAUUCAUGGGUGCCAGUCGAUCUCCUGCAGGAGCAUAUGAACUUGAUGAUCAAGAGUGUCUACAAAGCUCACGGCAGCAACUCAUCGUGGCCGUGGCUCGAAAUGAUAUCGCCUGAUGUUGUCGUCCUUCGCCAUCUCAUGACGCAGAUCAACACCUACAUGGGGGACAAGCUCGGGAACAAGCACAGCACGCCCGACACGACCCGCGAUGUUGCAUCGCUGCGAGAAGCAAUGGAGUCCCACCGCAUCUUCGUUGUCGAACAGGGUCGGGUGCUCACCGGGAUGAAGCAGGCUGUCGUACCCAAUGCUGUCGAUGUCGGACAGGAUGCUGUACUCGGCCCUCUCGAGGACUACAACCAGACAUUCAAACGUUUGCAGGUGCGGCUUGCCCGUAUACCGCUC